CCCCGAGGAGGCCGGGCGGCGAUGGCGGCCUCCUGCGCCGAGAUCUUGCGGAGGGAGUUCCCGGAACUCGACGGGGAGAUGUUCGACUACGUGACCGGUGUCCUCCAUAGUGGCGGCUCAGACUUUGAAUCUGUGGAUGAUCUGUUUGAAGCCGUCGGGGAGCUCUUGCAGGACGUGUCCAGAGACUCCAAAGAUGACGAGGACAUCCGUGCUAUCUGCCAGCAGAUGUACAACGUCCUUCACCUGGACAGUGAGAACUCCCAGGGAGACAGGCAGGUACUCCUGGAGGCCCCAAUCCAACUUUCUCAGAUCACAGAUAAUUACGAUUCUGGUUUGGACCUGCUGCCAGGGCUGUGGCUGAAGAGAGAUCAGAACUCAGUGGUGAACACCAAGAAGCUGGAGAAGGCUGAGGCUCGCCUGAAAGCCAAGCAGAACAGGAAGCAAGAGCGAGAUUCUGUGAAGUCCUGCAACCCAUUAGUUCUCGAGGAGGCGUCCGCCAGCCAAGCUGCCAGCAAGAAGGAGACCCGCCUGGAAACCUCGGGCAAGAACAAGUCCUACGACGUCCGCAUCGAGAACUUUGACGUGUCCUUCGGUGAGCGCGUCCUCCUUACAGGCGCGGAGCUGAACUUGGCCUACGGCCGGCGGUACGGGUUGGUAGGCCGGAACGGCCUGGGCAAGACCACCCUGCUGAAGAUGAUUGCCAGCCGCAACCUGCGGAUCCCCUCGCACAUCAGCAUCCUCCACGUGGAGCAGGAAGUGGCGGGUGACGACACGCCAGCCCUGCAGAGCGUGCUGGAGUGUGACACCACCCGGGAAAGCCUGCUGAAGGAAGAGAAGGUGCUGACAGCCCAGGUCAACUCUGGAAGGGCAGAUGGUACUGAAGGCUCCAGGCUCUCCGAAAUCUACGCCCGGCUGGAAGAGAUUGAGGCGGACAAGGCCCCAGCAAGAGCAUCUGUCAUUCUGGCUGGGCUGGGAUUCAGUGCAAAGAUGCAGCAGCAGACAACCAAAGAGUUCUCAGGAGGUUGGAGAAUGAGGCUGGCUUUAGCCCGUGCCCUCUUCGCCAGGCCUGACCUCUUACUGCUUGAUGAGCCGACCAACAUGCUGGACGUGAAGGCGAUCAUCUGGCUGGAGAAUUAUCUGCAGACAUGGCAAUCGACCAUCCUGGUGGUGUCCCAUGACCGGAACUUCCUGAACGCCGUGGCCACUGACGUCAUCCACCUGCACUCACAGCGGCUCGACAGUUACCGUGGUGACUUUGAGAACUUCGUCAAGAUCAAGGAGGAGAGGCUGAAGAACCAGCAGCGGGAGUACGAGGCCCAGCAGCAGUAUCGCGAGCACAUCCAGGUCUUCAUUGACCGUUUUCGCUAUAACGCAAACCGGGCAUCUCAAGUCCAGAGCAAACUCAAGCUGCUGGAGAAACUACCCAAACUGAAGCCAGUAGACAAGGAAUCUGAUGUGAUAUUGAAGUUCCCUGACGGCUUCGAGAAGUUUUCUCCUCCCAUCUUGCAGUUGGACGAAGUGGACUUCUACUACGAGCCCAGCCACUACAUCUUCCACUCCCUCUCAGUCUCUGCUGACCUGGAGUCCCGCAUCUGCGUGGUAGGGGAGAAUGGAGCCGGCAAGUCCACGAUGUUGAAGAUCCUGAUGGGAGACCUGGCACCGGUCCAAGGCAUUCGGCACGCCCACAGGAACCUGAAGAUCGGCUACUUCAGUCAGCACCACGUCGAUCAGCUCGACCUGGACAUCAGUGCCACAGAGUUACUCGCCAAGAAAUUCCCAGGGAAGACCGAGGAGGAAUACCGUCAUCAGCUGGGGUGCUAUGGAGUGUCCGGAGAGCUAGCGGUCCGCCCUGUAGCCAGCCUGUCUGGAGGCCAGAAGAGCAGGGUGGCGUUUGCCCAGAUGACUAUGCCUUGCCCCAACUUCUAUAUCCUGGAUGAGCCGACGAACCACCUCGACAUGGAGACCAUUGAGGCCUUGGCAAAUGCACUCAACAAAUUCCGGGGGGGCCUGAUCCUUGUUUCCCACGACGAGCGCUUCAUCCGGCUGGUGUGCCAGGAGCUGUGGGUGUGCGGUAACGGCACUGUGCAGCGCAUCGACGGCGGCUUUGAAGAGUACAGGAACAUCCUACAGGAGCAGUUCCGGAAGGAGGGCUUUUUAUAAAGCGGCCG